AUGGCAUCUUGUAAUAAAAAAUUAUAUAUAAAUAGUUAUCAUGAAUUAAAAAAUGUAAUUAAGAAAAUAGAAAAAGACAAGCGUAUUUUUGUAUUCUUUAGUGGUGCAAAAGAUACUCAGGGAUAUAGUUGGUGUCAAGACUGUAAUGCGAUAGAAAAGCCAUUAAAUGAAAUAGUUGCAUCAUUAUUACCAUCAAAUGGAAUCUUUAUUGAAUGUUCCGUAGGUGAUCGAGCAAGUUGGAAAGAUUCAAAUUGUUUAUUUCGAAAAGAUUCACAACUUCGAUUAACAAAUAUACCAAGUUUAGUUGAAUGGGGAACGAGUAAACGUUUGACUGAAAAUCAAUUAUAUGAUCCUGACAUGAUUCAAAUAUUGUUUGAAGAUGAUUAA